AUGGCGCCGGCCGAAGCCCAGGAGAUGCCGGCGGCAGGGAGCCAGUUUGAAAACGAAGCCCCGGAACUCGCAUCUUCCAUGGUAGUAUGUCCGGAUACGACGCCGCCGCCGCCGCUGCCGAGCCGCAACGCCCAGGCACACGACCAAGACAAUGUGUCGCACGACGAUGGGGAUGUAGCGUCGCCAACACUGUCCAACGGCUCAGUCGCGAGCCCGCCGUACUGGAUGAACGCCCAUGCUCACCACCGCAAUAUAUCCAACCUUUCGGUCGAGUCCAUCUUGCCCGCCGGCGCCAUCGUCCUACAAGACAACGACACGAGCGAGCACCAAGAUCGGAACAAUGCAUGCUGGGCACGGAGCGUUGAGGUCAUCAACUACACCGUUGUCAAUGGAGGAGCAACAAGUGUCGGGGCGUUUGUGGUCUGGAACGUCCGUGUAGAGACGCUGAGUGGAAGCUACAUGAACAUCCGGAAACGUUACUCGGAAUUUGACGAAUUCCGCGCCAAACUUGUUAAAUCGUUCCCCGGCUUCGAGGGGGCUGUGCCGUCACUGCCUCCCAAGAGCGUCAUUUCCAGGUUUCGACCCAAAUUUCUCGACAAGAGGCGGGCCGGCCUGCAAUAUUUUCUCAAGUACGUCUUUGCGCGCGCGUCAAAUUUUUUGAGCACUUUGUCAGCUUUGCCCUCCAUGUUCUCAUUCCUCUGGGGUUAA